UCAACGUCUCGCUCACCCACUCGCUUCGGUCUCCAUCCGAAACUCUGUGUCACCAACAAACGGAGACCCCCGAGAAUCGAUUCGGAAUUUGGAAUACACAGUGAACUCAAUUGUGUAUUCAUUAUUCAUCUCUCAUUCUCUCUCUUCCUCCAUUUAUAGAGAAGUGAAUUUGCUUGGCUAACUGCAUCCUUCUCUGCUUUUGCUUUUAGCCAUACUCUGAUAUACAUUUAUUACAUAUUUAGCAACUUAAAUACACAGCCCCAUGCCGUCCUCGUAAUAUCUGGUUGAACAGUUUCGAGGGAAAGGAGGUCCUUUCUGUUCAGUCUCUGCAAUUUCUGAUACUUCCUGCUUUUUCGUCUCCUCGCCGUCUUUGGGCUUGCGGUACUUCUCUUUUCUCUGCGACGCCAAUUAGUGGAGCAUUAAAACGGUGGUUUUUAUUGCGAAGCUCUGUGAAUCUGAAAAUCUUUUAUUGAAUGGUGAAAUUCUGAAGCAUCACUCCUGCUGCUUCUGCCACAACUGUGUCAGAGCACUUAACUAACUCAAGGAAGAGGCAGAUAAAAAGAACGCAUUAUUGAAAGCAAAGGCCAUUCUGUUUUGGAACACAGAUCUGGGUUUUCCUUCUUCAAGCUUUAGGAGAAAGAGACGUCUCGACCAAGAUCCACCAGGAGAUUUUGACACUGCCUUUCGCGUAUUUCGGAGACAAUGUUGCCUCAGAAGCAGGCAGAGGAAGCCAUAGUCACCAACUUCACCGAAACAGAGAAUGAUGGAGGCAUCGUCAGGGAAGAAGAGAAGGAGCAAGACAACUCCAUGUUCACCCUCAAGAGCUUCCUCUGGCAUGGCGGCUCAGUUUGGGACGCCUGGUUCAGCUGUGCUUCAAAUCAAGUAGCCCAAGUGCUCUUGACGCUUCCCUAUUCCUUUUCCCAACUGGGUAUGCUUUCAGGCAUAUUGCUGCAAGUAUUUUACGGCAUACUCGGAAGCUGGACGGCUUAUCUAAUCAGUGUCCUCUAUGUGGAAUACCGUACCAGAAAGGAAAAGGAAAACGUUAGCUUCAAGAACCAUGUCAUUCAGUGGUUCGAAGUGCUCGAUGGAUUGCUGGGUCCGUAUUGGAAAGCAGUGGGGCUGGCCUUCAACUGUACUUUCCUCCUCUUCGGAUCCGUGAUUCAGCUUAUAGCUUGUGCAAGUAACAUCUACUACAUAAACGACAAAUUGGACAAACGAACUUGGACAUACAUAUUUGGAGCUUGCUGUGCGACCACUGUGUUCAUCCCUUCCUUUCACAACUAUCGAAUCUGGUCAUUUCUAGGACUUGGAAUGACCACUUACACAGCUUGGUAUUUGACAAUCGCAGCGCUUCUUCAUGGCCAGGUGGAGGGUGUGACUCACUCGGGUCCGGCGAAGCUGGUUCUGUACUUCACCGGAGCAACUAAUAUACUGUACACAUUUGGUGGCCACGCCGUGACUGUGGAGAUAAUGCAUGCCAUGUGGAAGCCACAGAAGUUCAAGUACAUAUAUUUGCUGGCCACACUGUACGUGUUCACGCUCACUCUUCCGUCGGCUUCCGCCGUCUACUGGGCCUUCGGCGACCAGCUCCUCAACCACUCCAACGCCUUCUCUCUCCUCCCCAAGACCGGUUUCCGUGAUGCCGCCGUCAUCCUCAUGCUCAUCCACCAGUUCAUAACAUUCGGGUUUGCGUGUACUCCAUUGUACUUCGUGUGGGAGAAGGUGAUCGGCAUGCACGACACCAGAAGUAUCUGCCUCAGAGCACUCGCGAGGUUGCCGGUCGUCAUUCCCAUUUGGUUCUUAGCCAUCAUCUUCCCUUUCUUCGGCCCCAUCAACUCCGCCGUCGGAGCCCUCCUCGUCAGCUUCACCGUCUACAUCAUCCCUGCCCUCGCUCAUAUGCUUACGUACAGAAAAGCCUCCGCCCGACAGAAUGCUGCAGAGAAGCCUCCCUUCUUCAUGCCCAGCUGGACUGCCAUGUACGUCUUCAAUGCCUUCGUUGUGGUUUGGAUCUUUGUGGUUGGCUUUGGGUUCGGAGGAUGGGCCAGCAUGACCAAUUUCGUCAAGCAAAUUGACACAUUCGGCCUCUUUGCUAAGUGCUACCAGUGCCAGCCUUCCGGGCUACCACCGCCCAAGGCGGCGGCUCCACCCCCUCACGCUCAUCAUCUCUGAGCAGUGUCGGUUCCCCUGCCUCAACAACAUAACAAAGUGGUACCCUUGAAAAGUACUAGCGCCUUACACUUCUCUCAUAUUUUGUAUCAUACGUGGGGAAUAUAGUAGUAAUACUUCCCCCCUUUUCAUUUCAUGUGUGUGUGUUGUUGUUUUUUUUUUAUUGGGGCAUAUUUUUAUCUCUUUUUUUUUUCUUACUACAUAGUAAUUUUUUUAACUUGUUAGUUGAUGAUUAAAAAAAAAAUAGUGUGUCUAAUGGUUGUGAUUUCUUUGCUAUAUAAAUGCAGAGGUUAAUGCAUUAGAAAGAAGGAACAUUUAUAUAUGGUGUAGUA